AUGAGUUGCACAAUUGAAAAAGCCUUAGCAGAUGCCAAAGCACUGGUGGAACGGCUAAGGGAACAUGACAACGCAGCAGAAGCUCUUAUUGAACAGACUACAGCUCUUAACAAGCGGGUUGAAGCAAUGAAGCAGUACCAAGAAGAAAUUCAAGAGCUCAAUGAAGUAGCAAGACAUCGCCCUCGGUCUACUUUAGUGAUGGGUAUCCAACAAGAAAACAGACAGAUUAGGGAAUUGCAACAGGAAAAUAAAGAACUACGCACAUCUCUUGAAGAACAUCAGUCUGCUUUGGAACUCAUAAUGAGCAAGUACAGAGAACAGAUGUUCAGGUUGCUUAUGGCAAGCAAAAAAGAUGAUCCAAGUAUAAUAAUGAAGUUAAAAGAACAACAUUCCAAGGAGCUGCAAGUGCACGUGGACCAAAUUACAGAAAUGGCAGCAGUAAUGAGAAAAGCCAUUGAAAUUGAUGAAAAGCACGGCUGUAAAGAGCAGGAACGUAUCAUUCAGCUUGAACAAGAAAACAAAGGCUUGAGAGAAAUUCUUCAAAUAACUAGAGAAUCAUUUCUGAACCUCAAGAAAGAAGAUGCAUCAGAGAGCACAUCUCUGUCAGGAUUAGUAACAACCAGUGAUUUGAGCCUGAGGAAAAGCUAAAGACUGGGGAAGUCAACACGCUUCAGUUGCACACUUUACAAACGGAGUAUCAGGGGUCACUUGUCAAGCACUUGUUACUGAAUAGGGCACCAGCAAGCUCAUGCAUCUUAAACUCCAGUUUAGUGGCUUUUAUACUGUGUAAAAUAAAUUAAAAUUGGUAUUCUACAAAAACCUUAGCGACAAAUUAAUUGCCAUAGAUCUAACUUCAGUAGGAAAUGGAUUAGUGCACUUGCUGAAUUGGAAAUUAUUUUUCUAUGAAGUCAUUUUACAGAUAAAAGACAAGAUUUCACAUAAUUUAUAUAAAUUAUUGCU